UGUGCGUUAUAAUGUAUGAUUAUGUGCUACAAAGAAAAUGGUUUGCGCUUGCGCGUACAAUCACUCAGCAGAUAUAUUUUCCAAUGCCGUACAAUCACUCAACAAUUAUUUUCCCAUCUUCGUACCGGUUACUUCAAAUAAUUAUAGCCACCGAGUGAUUUUGAAAAAAAAAGUUUUCGUUUUAAUAAAAAAUAAAAAUGACGAUUUUGUAUUCUCUUGAUAUGAGCCCACCAUGUAGAGCAGUUCUUUUGACUGCAAAAGCUAUCGGUCUUGAUCUUGAUGUUCGUGAAAUAAAUUUAUUAAAAAAAGAGCAUAUGACGGAAAAAUUUCUCCAGCUAAAUCCUCAGCAUACAAUUCCAACUAUUGAUGACGAUGGAUUCAUUCUCUGGGACAGUCAUGCAAUCAUACGAUACUUAGUAAGUAAAUAUGCUAAAGAUGAUUCUCUAUAUCCGAAAGAUCUUAAAAAAAGAGCGAUAAUCGAUCAGCGUUUACAUUUUGAAGGAGAAAAGAUUUUUAUACCUCUACGAAACACAGUUCGCCCGAUUUUUUAUGAUGGAAAAAAAACAUUUGGAGAAGGACAUCUUGCUGCUGCACAUGCGACUUGUGAUAUUUUAAAUAAAUUUCUCGAAGGUAAAAAAUGGUUAGCAGGAGAUAACUAUACUCUUGCAGACAUUAGUUGUGUGUCAUCGAUCAGUUGUUAUCCGACAUUUUUAUCACUUGAUAAAUAUCCAAAUAUUGCAUCUUGGUUGAAAAGAUGUGAACAAGAACUUCCCGGUUACGCUGAAGCUAAUUCUGUUGGUCAGAAAAACUUUUACCAAGCAAUCAAAGCAUUAAUGCAAAAUAUUAUCUUACUAAAUAAUUUUCUAAAAAUGCCGAUUUUAUAUUCAUUCGACUGGAGUCCACCUUGUAGAGCAGUUCUUUUGACUGCUAAAGUUAUUGGCCUAGAGUUGGAUGUUCGCGAAAUAAGUUUAAAAAACAGGGAUCAUUUAAAAGAAGAAUUUCUCAGGAUCAAUCCUCAGCACACAAUCCCGACUUUAGAUGAUGAUGGGUUUAUUCUCUGGGACAGUCAUGCAAUCAUACGGUACUUGGUCAGUAAAUAUGCUAAGGAUGAUUCUCUUUUUCCGAAAGAUCUUCAAAAAAGAGCGAUAAUCGAUCAGCGUUUGCAUUUUGAAGGAGAAAUGAUUUUUGUUCGUCUACGAAAUAUUUCUUUCGAGGUUUUCUUUCGAGGAGCAAAAACUAUACCAGAACAAAAAUUAAAGGCCAUCCAAGAAACUUGCGAAAUUAUCGAUAAAAUUUUAGAGGGAAAAAAAUGGUUAGCUGGAGAUAAUUAUACUCUUGCAGACAUUAGUUGUGUGUCAACUAUCAGUUGUUAUCCAGCAUGUAUGUCACUUGAUAAAUAUGAAAAUCUCGUAGCUUGGUUGAAAAGGUGUGAAAAAGAAAUUCCAGGUUAUGCAGAAUCGAAUACUCCUGGUCAGGAAAAGUUCGUCCAAUCAUUCAAAGCAUUAUUGCAAGAAUAAAAAAAAUUGUAUUUACUUGAAAAUAAAUUAAUACUUUUAAUCAUUUAUUGAAAAAAAUAUUUUUUAAUCAAAAACUAUAAAUUAUAAAAGUAAUAAAUUAUGAUUAUUAAUUAAUUAAAA